AUGGCUCUGGAUCCCAAAGACCCAGACGGCGACUCCGAAAUGACCUCGUCAGUUGAAUCCCUCCACAGCGGCCAAGGCGGCACUGGUGCCCUCACGCCUACUGGUAUUGCCCAGGCUCCGGCUGGCGCAACGGAGCUCUCCCCGCCCGGCUCGCAGACACAACACUCGGCCGCUCCUUUUGCGGGUGCGCAAGCUUCAGUCGAUGUGCGCAAAGCUUCUGUUGCGGAUAAGGCCGGGGAAUGGGAAUCGGGUAUUGCAGCUUGGAAAUCGAAGCGCGCUCAGGAUGAUGUUCAUCGGGCUAUGGAGUUUGUUGUUGACCAGGAUUUCAGCUUAGAUGAAUUUGGGGAUCCGUUCGAUGAACGUGACUUGGAAGAGAAGCUGUUCUGA